GAAGCCUUCGGUAGCAUAUAUAAAUCCUGGCAUUCGUCCUCAGAGGAGUGGACAUUGUUCAAGACAGGAAGCAUGGCUGGUUUCAAACUCUGCAUUCUGCUUUCGCUCACUGCAGCGUGCUACCUCAUGAAAGAUACCGCUGCUGAAAGAAUAACUACAUGUGAAGGGAACGUUCAUCGCCUGACCUGUGAUGUCGGAGUCAUUGUCGUAGAGUCAACCUUGUAUGGACGUACGGACAGAGAAACCUGCGGCCAGGGCAGACCUCCACGGGAGCUGGCCAACACGCACUGCUCUGCGGCAGGUGCCCAGGACUUUGUAAAGAGAAGAUGCGAUGGCAAGACUGUCUGCGAGGUGAACUCAAGACUCCCUCUGCCUGAUCCCUGCCGCGGCACCUUUAAAUACGCUGAUACCAACUACACCUGCUUCCCAGCAAUUCGUGCCAUUGCCUGUGAGCGCUCUGCUGUGGAGUUGUUCUGUGGUCCAGGGCAAGUCAUUUUCAUCUACGGUGCCGACUACGGGCGCCGUGACAGGACGACUUGCAUUGCGGAGCGACCAAUCCAACAAAUACAAAACAACAACUGCGUGAAUCCAACCAGAGCCGCCGAAAGGUGCAAUGGUAAAAACAGAUGCACUCUUCAAGCACUCAACUCAGUGUUCGGUGACCCCUGCGUGGGUACGUAUAAGUACCUGGAAGUGUCUUACAGAUGUGAAUUUCCGUUAACAGGUCGAGCCGAGACUCCGUAACUCCUUCUUUUCUCCUCAAGUACAGUACAGAACAUUGUAUCCAACGCAUCCAUAUAAGGACACGUCUUCUAAAAAGUGAAGUGUAAAGUGUGAUGAAAUAAAAAGAAAAUCUU